AUGAGUUUCGUGUACAUGGUCCUCUUGAAGCCUUCUGAAAUACGCUUCACGAAGAACUUACUCGCAUCGGAAUUUGACAACGGAAUUCCCCUCUCGGAGACCUUCACUCAGAUAAAGAAUGGAGAAAUUCUGUUGGAGGAUGUCCCUGCAAUUGAGGUUGUUUUCUAUCCCGAGAAAUGGGAAUGGUUCACUCUAAACAACCGGCGACUGUGGGUCUUAAAAGAGCUGGAAAAGAUUGGAAAAUGUCGCUAUGUGAAAACUAAGAGAGUUGAGUACCAAGAAAAUAUCUCUGAAUAUCCCACCUUGCUCUAUGGUUCUGCAGCUCUGGCAGAAAAAAACCGUACGUUCACGUGGGAAGGUGACAACUUGCGAAUCACAACACGGCGAACUCCGUCAAGAGAGGUCGAAAUUUAUCACGAAGAGGAUGAAAGGAAAACCCGACAAGAUUUGCAAAGGAGAGGCCGGAGCGGUUCACAGCACAAUGAAAAGAGUGUUAAGCAUUGUGGAAGUCGUACAACUAGACGGAGAAGAUGUAGGAAGCGUUAUCACCCAUACUGUAGACACAAAGAGCCACGUGUGCAAAGGGAAUUGUAUGCAGGCACCACUCUUUGGAUUCGACAGCAAAGCGUUGACAGCCUAGAAGAGCGGAGUCGCAGCCGCCGAAAUUCUGAGACGUCAGAGUAUUCUGGUUCAGAGUACGGUUUCCAUUUUAGCUCCACCUUGUGGUUUAAAAAAAGACAAGCGUUUUUACAGCGUGUCUAUUGCGUUCGUACCGGUCGUUUGAGGGAUCCAUCGCGGUUUGUAGAUGUCUUGUACACUUGUGGCGUUUGUUUUAAGAGCUUUCAGUCCAAAGUCAGUCUGAAUCAGCACAGUGAAGAGCUUUUCCACUGGGCCUGUGUGCGAUGUGGAAGGUUUUUUGAAACUCAUACCGCUCUGGGACAGCACAAACUUGCUUUAAACCAUACAGUGUGAACGCAUGAUACUUAUAUAUUUGUUUGGUUAUAUUGGCAAGACUGAAAGUAAAGUCUAAACGCUAUCUUUGUUAUCACUUAGAAACUGAUAGCUGUCUUUCUUAAUUAUUUAUAAAAAGUUACAGUGCUCUUGCUAUUGUUUGUCACGCUUAUCGCGCGACAGAAAUUGCAUGACAAUAUUGUUGUGUUUAUAUUAUAGAUACAUAACAUGAACUGUUACCAAUACUUUAGAUGCUUAUGAGAUCACACUUUACUAUCCGGUUAAUCAUACUUGUACUUCAUAUCAAUGACAGCUUGAAUUACAUUCUGUUAUUUGUUAGGGAAACGGAUACGAUAAUUAAGAUUUUCGAUUGUUCAACUGCUGAGUGGAGCAAAUGUGAAGGUGAAAGAUAUUUAAAAAAUGGAUUAAGGUAAUAAAAAACACAGUUAAUUACUGUUUAAUUGAUUAUGAAUAUUUUUCUUAAGUUGUCAAGAAAUGUAUGAAAUAGUUAAUAUUGUUAAAUCUCAUCGUGUGUUUGUACUUAAUGUUUCUGGUCGUCACACACCUCGUCAUUUUUUCGAGAGGUCUUCUUUUAUAAGUGGACACUUUUUUCUUCUUCGACUAGAGCAUAUUUGACCUUUGACAUUUGCCUUGAUACCCAUUUCAUUUCCUGAAAGCACACACUGACCUACUGAUAGAAAACGUGACUAACCGUGACAUCGCGUCACGGUUGUCGUGCUUGCGGUGAACGUCAGGGUGCGAGGGUGUAAUGUUUCCUGUCCAGCAGAAUUCAUAUUUGGAACCGAGCCAUAAAGCGUACUCUGAGGAGGAUUAAAGGUAUUUGAGCAUUAUUGGAACCGGCAAUCUUGGUGAGUUUCAGAUAAAUUUUACCAGAAUUAAGAAUUGAUAUUUUUUCACAUCAAUUUCGGGCUCUUUUUUCGGGUACUAAUCUCUCGGACGGGUGUAAAAAUGGUCAAGGAGGCGAUGUGGUGACGAGGGAAAUGCCUUGAGGAUUAAGCAAAAUUGCAAUCUGUCUCUUUAGAACGUUGCUAUAGUGAGUUUGCCGAACAAUCAUAGGCAUAUUUGUCGCCAGUAUUACAGAACAUUGAUCAAGUGGUAUCAAAGAUCGGAGAUCUCGCUCCGCUAGUUGCAAUCGUUGACUGUCUCCUGUUUACACUAAAAUCGUUAUCAUCCUAAACUUGUGAAUACUCGUCAGGGUCAAGAUGAAAAUGCCAGUUGUUUAAGGGUAAAGUCACCACUUUCUAGUGGAUGUUUCGAAAAAAACUCCCUCACAAAUUAGUGUCCAAUUUGAAGGUAACGCCUGCGCCCCUCGCGAGAUGAAGGCAGAGAGGUCACAGUAAAGGAUACCGCCACAUUUAAGUGUUUUUCUCUAAGACACAAUUGAUAAAAGGGGGCUAAAACACUCAUACGAUGGAUAAAACUGCGCGAUCUUUCCGCGCGUAUAGAAAAGAACUGUAUUAAACACAUCUUCAGGCUGAGAGCGGCCCAAGCUCCAGCUGUAACAUGAUCAUCUUGCGCCAUACCAGUCAAAGAGUUUGUUUGGGAAUAUUUACAACCGCUCUAAGGAAUAAAAAAAAACGUCAAAUUCUCAAUAAAAAUACCUCACCUUACUUCCACAGUGUAUCGCUUGUUGACUGACCACUUACUUUGAUGAAAAGAGCCCAUUUUAAUGAGUUGUCCAUUUCGAGGUUUUCAACGUAAUUAAGAAAAGCUCGGAUCGGGCGUUCGGAAAUGGAGUGUUCAUCCUUGGGCUUUUUUUAUGUACGUAGAAAACCUCGAAAUGGACAACUCGCUAAAAUGAGUUAUUUUCUUCAAAGUUAGCGGUCAGAUAACAAACGAUACGCUGUGGAAGUAAGGUGAGGUAUUUUUAUAGAGAAUUUGACGUAUUUUUUUUAUUCCUUAGAGCGGUCGUAAAUAUUCCCAUACAAACUCUUAUACGUCCGCCAUCACCGUUAUUGCGUAAGAUGAUCAUCUCACAGCUGGAGCUUGGGCCACCUGUGGUUGACCGACUUGUCGUUCAGACAACGCCGAGAGGACCAUUUUGAGUAUGUCUGUAUCGGAGGGAACGAGGAUUUUCAACUCAAUACUGAAUAACGGAUGCGACUCUGUUAUACUCAAACCCUUCUUUCUCUUUUUAGAUAGACUAGAUAAAUAGAUAGUUUUAUUAAAAUUACCCUUGCAGCCCGAGGGCUGAAUUACGAUAAUUUUUACAAAUGUAAAACGUAAAUUAAUCAUAACUGUCGGGAACGGGUAUCCGACAAAUAAGUCACAGGUUUAAGUCUCAAACUGGUUUACUGUUGUUUUCCCUGAUUACAGAUAUCUUUGGUUCGCUAUCUCGCUCUAUCUCUCUCGAAAACACACACCCCUGAAAAGCCGAUCUUAUUACACUGUUUCGCAAUCAAGUCUAAUGUUCAAAGGAGCUUGUCUUUCACUUAAUAUUAAUAAUAGUAGUGCUUUCUUGUCACGUUAUGUCAUGCUAUGUCACGCUUCCGUCAUAACUGUAAAUUAUAUAAUGAAAAUUAAUAAAGUUAAUUCUUAAGAAUUAAACAAUAAUAAAGCUUAUCAUUAUGUAAACACUAAAUUAAUUAAGAUACAACUAAAAUUAUUCGAAAUCAGAUCAAUUUAUAUAUAUGAGUUGUACAAGGACGUGCUAUCGGCAAUGGCUUACAAUAAAACUGUCUCAAAAACGAUUGGUUUUAAAACGAGGGACUUGGAACUUGCGAUUUUUCCGUGUUCGCAACGUGCCAAGGUAGCGAAUAAAGCUUGUGAUUGUUGUUAUUACUUACCUCUUGAAACAUUGAGUUACCAAUCGCCUCUCUCCUCAUACAAGGUAGGUUUGUUAAAAACUUCUAAAGCCUGUCUAUAAGAUAAAUCAUUAGUGCUUAUUAUGCGUAGUGCUCGCUUCUGCAGGUAAUUGUAGUUUAGGAGAGGAACUUCUCAACGCAAUGCAUGCGAUUACCACGUCGAUUUUGGUUGCGUCGCUUUCGUUCUUGGUGCUAACAGAGAGCGCGAAAAUAUGCCAGCGGCCGCACUCCUGGUCGAUAAAACAAGUAAACCCAUUGGCUGAAGCAAGAUCAAAAGGUCACGUGGUACUCCUGGGACUGAUGCUCGCUAGCUGACGAUUUUGCAAAUGGCAGGCUCAGCUGAUGGAGCGAAUGCUCAAAGGGAUCGUUAAGAAGAGGUAGGGCAUCUUUCACACCAUUUUCUUUAGCCCUUGCUAAAGAGAAAAAUAUUGAAGUUUUGGAGGGGAGGAGUAAGUGGAGGAGGCUUUAUUCUCCUCAAUGCAACGCAAAGCCGAAGUUCAGUAAAUCAUUUUGGAAAACGUGGUGUCCAGACCCCACAAAAUCUUCUAGCAUCCUCGCUUUCGUGAAAAGUUGUCGGUCAUAGGAUUUGUUUUCUUUGGAAAUUGGAAUUGACCCGGAUCGAAUGUAAUCUUUCAGGUCCAAACCACGAGCAGCAACAAAGCACUGAACUCUUUAUACUUUUCAAGUUGGUAAUUCUUAUUCAUUAGUUUAAAACUGCUAAGAAACAAUUUCCAACGCAAACAAAUUACUCUCUUUUCUUACAUCCGCACAGGAAUUUCACGGAUAUUUCUUUUAUGAUUCUAAACAUGAAGAGAGCUUCAGGUUCCAUCUCAGAGCUAAAAAGGAGAGUGUCGUUCCCAGUCUACCAGGAGCCAGCAGACCGAGACAUCAUGGGAUUGUUAGGAGGAAGUAAGGACGAUUUCCUCAUCUUCGAUCGCUGCGGACUCUUGGCUUAUCAUUUUAAGAUGCCUCGCAGCUAUCUGAUGUCUCCGUUUGUACGGUAAGCUGCAUGACACUUCAUCUUUAAACCAGUUGCUGAAAGAUUUUAGUUAGUGUCCGUCCCUGGAAUUUGGACACUAGUGUCACGUUCGGAUUUUAGACACUAGUGCCCGAAUUUGGAUUUUGCACUUUUGUGUCUGAUUUUGGAUUUUGGCCACUUGUGGUCGAUUUCGGAUUUGAGACACUAGGUUUUUUUUUUGACACUAGCGCCCGAUUUUUUAUUUC